AUGGGGCUUUUCUCAAGGGCAUUCAAGAGUAAGGAUGCAGGCGCGUCUGCUUCAAAGACAAAAAAAAAGUCAGUGCAGACAAAUGGUGCGGUGCCCGCGCCCCCACCAAAGCCAUUGUGGGACGAUGCCUGGACGAGGAAGAUUGUCGAGCCGGAGGAGGUCCAGGAAUUGCUUCGAGCGUGUACUCUAGAAAUGAAAUCGAGGGCACUUGACAUACCUUUCUUCCUCUUACCAUUUCGACCGGCCUCCGAUCCAAGUGCGGCGCGCACGUUCAUACGGAAUUACUUUAAUUUCGAGAGAAGCUCGCUCACGGGCGAAGCGUUGGAGCAAGAAUUGGUUCUGACGGAGCCGAUGGUGAGCAAGUAUUGGCAGCAGAAGUGA